AUGUCAUGCCGCCGCAGCAUGUCAGUGCUGAUUUCGCUCAGCUUAGCUUUCCUAACAAGCUCCGGGCUGGGUUUGGUAGCUCCAACGAUGCUAGUGGGUUUGUACCGCUGGCGGCGCUGGUCUCCAGCUAAGGAGACCUCAGUGGCACGGUGGUCCAUGGACUCCGUUUACAGUAUCUUUCAUCCCAACUUCCCCGGGGCCAUGUCGGGUGCUGAGAAGAGGUCACUGAUGGAGACUUUACUCUCGCAGGCCGAAGAGAAGGCUGAAGAACAGGGUUGGAGAUUGGGCAAGGACGUGCAGGACUUUCACAAGCGCAAGGGCUGGAGCACAAGGGAGUUGCGACGGUGGUUCGAAAAGCGACGGGACGGACUCUGGUGUCGACUGGACAUUUCGGUCCGUGGUAAAGGCAAGGUGCAAAUGACCGUCAUUUCGGCCCCUGUCUGGGGAUAUGACAUGGAGGUGCAUCUCAGCCAGACGCAAACAGGCUCCAAAAUUGUGGUGGUCAAAGAUCUUAUCAACCUCAGAGUAUUUUGUGCCGUGGCCGGCAUCGGGUACGUCAAGGCUAAGAAGCCGUGA